AUGUCGAACACCAGCCAGACUCCAUCAUUACAAAGAGUACCAAACACUAGCAGCUCUGAGCAAAUAUUAGCAAUUAUCAAAGCCGAUGGGGGAGUCAUCAUUGAAAACUUCAUGACCCUGGAUCAACUCCAGGGUCUGAACAACGAAAUCGACGCCGCGGUGGCGGAAGCGAACUUUGGUUCAACACACAGCGAUGAAUUCAUCUCAAAAUUCCACGGCGCGAAGACCAAACGAAUCACCAAUCUUGUGACGAUAAGCCAAACAUUCCGCGAUACGCUACUAGAUAGCGAAUUGGUGCAUGUCAUUGCCGAGCGAGCCUUCUGGGAGGAGUCCCAAAGCUAUUGGAUGAGCACUGCGCAGGUGAUUGAGAUCAGUCCCGGAAAUGACGCGCAACCUCUCCAUCGCGAUUUGGAAAACACUCACCCUUUCAUCGCCAUGGGACCCACGGGUCCGGAGGUCUCCCUCAACUUUUUAAUUGCGCUUUCGGAUUUCACCGAGGAGAACGGGGCUACGAGAGUCAUACCUGGCAGCAACCACUGGUCUGACUUCAACAACCGUGGAACGCCCGAGAUGACCAUCCCAGCAGAGAUGAAGGCGGGUGAUGUACUUUUGAUCUCUGGGAAAGUGGUUCAUGGUGGUGGCGCUAAUCGAUCGGUGGAUAUCAAACGUCGAGGCCUUGCUUUCACUUUUCAACCGGGUUAUCUAACACCGGAAGAGGCUUAUCCGUUUUUAGUCCAGAUGGAACUAGUGAAGGAAAUGAGCCCACGAGCACAGAAAAUGAUCGGGUUCCGAAGUCAAUAUCCUAAAGGAAGUCCAGGGCUGUGGCAGAUUGAUUACAAGGAGAUUGGUGACUAUAUGGGGCUGUAA